UAAAGAAAAAGAAAAGGAAAACAAAGUACAUUUCUCUACCUUAAGGCACAGUCAUAAAUACAGAGGGUUUUCAGAACUACCUCAGAGAAGAUGUUUAAAUCGCUGACAAAAGUCAACAAGGUAAAGCCUAUAGGAGAGAACAAUGAGAAUGAACAAAGUUCUCAUCAGAAUGAACAAGACUCUCAUCCAAGUAAUCAGUCUCAGCAAACCACAGCACAGGAAGAAAACAAAGGUGAAGAGAAAUCUCUCAAAACCAACUCGACUCCAGUCAUGUCUGAAGAGCCACACACCAACAUACAAGACAAACUCUCCAAGAAAAAUUCCUCUGGAGAUCUGACCACAAACCCUGACCCUCAAACUGCAGCAGAACCAACCGGAACAGUGCCAGAGCAGAAGGAAAUGGACCCCGAGAAAGAAGGUCCAAACAGUUGACCCUAGGACAACAAGAAUUUGAACUGUGGUAACACUUAUCCCUGGAUUUUCUUCCUUCUCUGACAUCCGUGAGACAGUAACAUGAUCUCUCCUCUUCUUGCUCCUCCUCAGCCUACUCAACAUGAGGACAACAGGACGUAGA